GCCCUUUAAUUCAGAGGAAAGGAGGAGGAACUUACUGGCUUAUGGGAGAAACAUUCCUCUCAUAGUUUCAGGACACUUCGUCAGAGGUGUGCAAGUGUAUAAAAGGAAAACGGAACACACAGAGCCGUCAUCCGCACCUGAAGAUGUGGACUGUGUUGAUUAUUGUGAUCUCUGGUGCUGUACAGGUGCUAGGCUUAUGCCCUAAAGUCUGCAGAUGUCCCCCGGACGUCCCCACAUGUGCACCAGGCGUCAGUGUCAUGCUGGAUCUCUGCAGAUGUUGUAAGGUUUGUGCACGACAGCUGAAUGAAGACUGCAGCAAGACAGAGCCGUGUGACCGUACGAAGGGACUCGAGUGCAACGUUGGGAGCGGAUUAGAUUCUUCUAAAGGUGUAUGUCGAGCUAAAUCAGAUGGAAGAGCUUGCGAGUAUAAUGGCAGGAUUUACCAGAAUGGGGAAAGCUUCCGUCCAAACUGCAAGCACCAAUGCACCUGCACGGACGGUGCUGUUGGAUGUGUGUCUCUGUGCCCGGAUGAGCUCACGAUACCCAAACUCGGCUGUGCCGAGCCCAGGAGGCUCAAGGUGCGGGGCGCCUUCUGCGAUCAAGUGAUUUGUACUGAGGAAGAAAAGAGAAGCAGAGAGGAUGAGCUCACCAACGAGUUGGUCCCGGUGCGGAGAGGAGGUGUCGAGACGUCACCUGAUAUUGGAAGUCACCCUGUAGGCAAUGCCUUGGCCGCAGGUGUUAAGUGUCAGCUUCAAACCACAGCCUGGUCUCCCUGCUCCAAAUCCUGUGGCACUGGAGUGUUCAAAAGGCUGAGCAACAACAAUAUCCAGUGUAAACUGGUGAAGGAGACACGAGUCUGUGAAGUCCGUCCAUGCGCUCAGAUGAUCUUCAGCAGAAUGAAGAAAUGUAACUACACAGCAAAGGCCAGCUAUCCAGUUAAACUGUCCUAUGCAGGCUGCCAUAGCCUGAAAAAGUUCUGGCCCCGGUACUGCCGGGCCUGUUCAGAUGGGCGGUGCUGCCGACCUCAUCGGACCCCGAUGGUGCCGGUCCAGUUUCAAUGCAGAGAUGGUCGGACUUUCAACAGGAAGAUGAUGAUGAUCCAGUCUUGUACGUGUAACUUCCAAUGUUCCAAGCCACCUGCUCUCCACACGCUUCCCUACACCAAAAGUCCAAUAGGAAUCCAUGAGGAAAACAAAUAAUAAAAUCAUAUUGGAUUCCUAUAGGAAAUCCUGUAAGAAGGAGGUCCUG